AUGAGCACGCCCACCCACCCGCCCGACAACGACCGCCACCACCCCUCGACAGAGUCGACACCGUCAGCGACUCCUCCUCAGCAGGCACUCGCUGUGACGGACACGGCGACGGGCAUGGGCUGUGGUACGCCGCAGUCUCCGGUCAUGCAGGCCAGAGUGGGGCAGCAGGCCACGCAGCAGCAGCAGCACCACGCGCAGUUCCACCAGGCGCACGCGGGCGACAACAGCCCCCGGUUCGACGACGAGGCGGCGGCGAGUGCGGCGGUGGGUGCCAGUGCUGCAGCGGGUGGACAGCAGCAGUACACGGGCUACAACCAACCGCCUCCGACCGCCUACUCGCACCCAGCGUACCAGUCCCAUCCGUACUACGGCAGAUCAGCUCAACAGCAGUACUCGUACCCGUCGACGAGCCGCCCUUCGACGUCGGGCAGCGGCGGCGGGCCAGAUUACGCUGCCGGUUACGCUUCUUCUUCAUAUGCGGGUCACGCCCCGAUGAGCGCGCUGCAGCACCCAGCGUACGGUGGGUCGAGGCCAUCGACGAGCGGCAGUGGCGGCGCAGGCGGAGGCUACGGCGCACAGAACGUCCUCCCGCCCAUCUCGCUCAACCCGUCGUCUUCCUCGGGUCCUGCGAACCGCUUUGCUGUGUCGACUUCGUCACUCCCGUCGCUUUCGGCGUACGGAGAACCUCAGAAUUCUUCGCAGCCUCAUUUUGCGCCUCCCCCUCCGCCAGCUCAGCCUCAGUACGCCUCUGCAUCCUCCAGCACUUCCUACGCCCACCACGCUCCUUCGAACCCGUACCAUCUCCCCUCCAUCACGUCCUCAACCUCCUCCUCUUACCAUACCUCGACAACCUACUCCCACCCGGCCUACGCCCAAACCCACACCCGCAACUCCUCCUCCUUCUCGCACGCCCCGCCCCCACCAAGUCUGAGCCUCAACACCUCUCUCCCACCUUCGUACGGUCUCGCCUCAGCCCCGCCCGCGACGCAGGGAAGUGGCUCACCCUGGGCUGGCCCGCCCCCGCCCACUUCGUUGCAACUCGGUGGACUCGCCAAGCGCCGACGGAGCACGACGGACGGGCUCAGCCUGAGUAUGAGUCAGUCCGGACGGAGGUCGAUCGGUGCGGGGGAAGGAAGGAGGUCUCGGAUGCCAAGUGUCGAGGAGGCGUUCGCUUCGGGUCAUGGAGCGGAUGGGCGGAGGGGGGCGGUUCCUCUGCGAUUGGACAUUGCGGAUGGCGCGAGUGGAGCAGGAGCGGGAGGAGGAGGGUUGGUCGGACCCGCGUCGGCGAGCGAUUCGCCGACGCUCGGAUCGGCGACGACACUUUCGACGACCGCCACUUCCGCUACUUCUUCCUCUUCUUCCAGCCAUCCGCUGGGCUUCCAUCCGCCUCCGCCUCCUCCCCAGCAAUCAGCGUUCUCUCAGCACCCGUAUGGCGGCGCGAUUAAGGAACCCUACGACUCGUCGUCGCCGACUAAGCAGCCCAUCUCGGCUGGCCAAGUCCGUCCAGCGUCGGACGACGACGCCCCCGCUACGCGUAGCUCCAGUCGGCGCACGAGCGCGGCUAGCGCAGGGAAGAGGCGCAAGAGUGCUGGUGACGACGAGGAGGAUUAUGCGGAGGACGAGGAGGAGGAGGGAGCGGUUGGACCGACGAGAAGGGGAAGGAGGGGGAAGGACAAGGCGAAUGUGCCGCAGGCUUUCGGGGGAGAUUUGCCGUCGAAGAGAUUUAUCUGCCCUCACCCGUCUUGCGGGCGUGCAUUCGCGCGCAACUUCAACCUCCAGAGCCACAUCAAGAGCCAUCAGGGCAUCCGAGAAUUCAAAUGCCCGGAAUGCUCAAAGCUCUUUUCGCGCAAACACGACUGCGUCCGUCACACAAUUGCCAUCCACCACUACGACAAGGACGGCGUCGGACCAGACGGGAAGCAGCCCGUCUAUGUCGCGCAGGAGGUCAUGCCUGUUACGGUUAUGGUCGAGCAGGCGAAGGAAAGGCAGAGGGAGAUCGUCAGUGGUCCUGCGCCGUCUGUGGCGUAUCAAGCGAUGCAGCAGCCCCACCCGCAACCUCAGGCGAUCGAGCAGGACCAGCAGCCGUUGCUGAGCGGCCGCCCGCUCGGGCUCAAACUCAACCCGAUCGUCUUGCAACACCCGCCGCCACCCUCGCACCUCGACGCCUCCGUCUCCUCCGGCUCGCAUGCCAUCCCUCACCCGCUUCAGAUGCCUCCACCGUUCUCGCACCAGCACCGUCCGUUUUCCCCCGGCGCACCACCGCCCGCUUUUCCAGCCUACGCCGCGCCUCCCUACCCCUCGCACCCUUCCGCAAACCCCUCAGCUCCUCCGCUCGACCAGUCAGCCGCCGAGUAA